AACAUAUUUAUUAACAUUAAAGAGACUUAUUUUUAUAAACGUAUCCUGAAAGAUGAUAAGAAUCUGUUUUGUCAAUUAAAUGCUGAAGUAAUUGUUUUAUAAUUUAAAUAAAAAUAUUUCCCGCCAGAAAGUAGUACCUUGAAAAUUUGACUCACAAUGUUAUCUACUGAAGAUUUAGAAAGGCUAAUUACCACUAAGAGGCGUGAGAUAGAGCAGGAGAAAAUCCAGCUUGGUCUAUCGGAGCACAAUGAUGUUGAUAAUAAAACUUGUGUUGGGGAAGAAGAAAAAAAAGUAGAAUUUAGGCAAAGAGCACUCUCUGAAAGUAAUGCUUUACAGAAUACAAACAAAAAUGAAGAUAUACCACCCGAUCUAGAAAGAUACAUAAGACGUUACAUUGGCCUGCCGGGUAUGUUGAAGGCGGGGGAGUUCUCACCAAACAACCCUCUGAUCAGGGAGGAGUGGACGGGGGGCGACGUGCUCAGGUCCCUGGGGGAGUACGAGCGUAGGAGGAACACCCUCAGGAGAAUCAGACAGAUACAGUACAAGGAGUACCUCGACCAGCAAGCGAAGAAGAAACAAGAAGCUAAAGAAGAAGCUGAAAGAAAACAGAAGGAGAGGGAAGAGAAAGAAAGACUAAAAGAAGAGAAGGAAAGAGAAAAAGAAAGUAUAGACUUCAGAGAUAACAGUCCCGUUAUAAGAAGACGUAGUGUUAGCGUUAUAACGAACGAACAUUAUAUUAAGAAGGUCGAUACAGGAGUGCAAGUGGAUAAAACGAGUAGUCCGCUAUCUGUGGCUGUACAAACGGACACACAGGACAGUUCACUCGGAACACUGACACAAGCUGAGAGGGAGUUGUCACCGAGGUAUGUGGACUGGCACGAGAGGAGGAGAAGCCAUGGAGACUGUGAUGGUGACCGCACUCGUGUGACGUCCGUCUUUGACGAAGACAUCGUCAGGAUGAGGAACCUGCGGGCGGAACAGGAAGCUCUGGAACGACGUCGUUACUAUCAGAAGGAAUUGCAGAACCAAAUAGUGGAACAACAGAGAUUGAGAGACGAAAGAAAAAAUAGGGAGAAAAUGUUGGAAAUGGCUGAAAUGCGUCGUCUAGAGGAACAGCUGAGGUCAUUGAAGGUGGCUCAGGAGAAAGACAGACGGACACACAGAGAGAGACACGCCGCUAUGCUAGACCACGCUUUGGAAUACGAAAAGACAAGAUCGAACCUUCAGAAGGACAUUGACUACCACAAUAACCUGCUGAAAAUACACGCAGACGGACAUACACGCGGCGAAUCACCUAAACUGAAAUAUUACAAGGAAGAUAAACCAUUUUCAACAAACAUACCCGACAGUUCAAUAUUCUCGGCCAACUACGACGUCGAGAAUUAUUUGAGAAGAAAUUUGAAUCCUUACAAAGACAUCAAAAGAGACAGAAAUAUUGAAAGCAGUAUUAGAGAUAGGAACGUAGUGAUGGAAAAACCGUCAGAGACGAAAGAUAAAACCGAUAAAUUCGAUAGCUUAAUACCGGUCUUGAGGCAUACGCCGAAAGUUACUAAUGAUAGGGAGGCAGAUUUGAAUAUCAGCGAGAAAAUGAAGAUCGUGGACGACAAAUGGAAAGUUCCGGCCGUGCAGAAAAAUAUAUUGAAAUCUAUAAACGACAAAGGGAAGAACAUCAGCAUCCUGACGCAGCUCGGCUCCAUACGGAGACAGCUGCAGCUGGAGCAAAUGAAGCUGGACGCGUUAACAAAGGAAUAGGUUUAAAAAGUUAGCUCCACAGAUUAUAUUAUCAUAUAACAUAAGUCAAUUCGCACGGACAGAACAAACAUGGCGUCUCUCACAAGGCGCCGGGUGGAACGGUGGACGCUUUAAAUAAUAAUAUUAUUCAUAGAAAUUGUGAUAUUAUAAUAUACGAGUAUUGUUUGUAUAAUUUUAAUUAUGUUAGAUGAUUGUUCAGAUGUUGGAAUAUUUUUUUUUUAUAUAAGUUGCGAGUCCGAACAGGAUUCAUGUUCGAAAUAAUUAAUUAUUCGUAGUUGUGCGAGUGAUUCCUAUUAUUACGCGGUCGUCAGGAGUCCCAGUUACUAUCGCCGCGGGGAAGGCGAUGCGCGCCGUUUUGGGUUAAAAAACGGUAUUCUGACGAUCCCUUCCUCGUAACCAUCCUAUGAUAUAAUUUAUAUAUAAUAAUUUUAUAUAAAAUCCAUUCUAUAAUGUACACUUCAUUAUAAAAAUUUAAAUCUCAGUACGUAUUACAGCUGAUAAGGAGCUAACUAGAUUAUUUUACGGUUAGUCAGUGUAGUGCCAAAACAACUUUCUGCUAUAAAUUUCCGAUUAAAUCCGAUAACGUUCUGUAGUGAUCUCAUUAAGUAGAAAUUUUAACUGUUAUUCCGUAUUCAGCAUAUUCUACAGUAGUUACCUUGUAUAGAAUCCGUGUUGUAGUAAUCCAUGUCGGAAGCACUGGUUGGGAUGUUGUUUGGUUUCCGCUGCAUCCCUGAGAGACUGCGGGGUAGGUUAGCUGACGAGGAGCUUGGGAAACGAGAAGUGAUAUUUUUGUAAGGGCUGUUAUUAUCCACGAGCUUUUUAUUGUAAAUGCCAAAUAAAUUGUACAUCACGUUAUAUGCAUGCUAUGCAAUGUUUUUAAUUCAAUAAAAUAAUCUUUUAUUA